UAUGGUUAGAAGCAGCUCAUUUGACAUUUUCAAAUUUAAUAACGGUCAGUUUACAUUAGUUACAUUUUGAAUGUAAAGUAAACAAAAAACGGAAAAUAAGAAAAUCAUUGAAAUGGAUAACGCACUAACUACACCAGUUAGAAAUAAACCUGCAAAAAGAUUUUUGAUUCCAGAAUCUCCUUUUUUGAAGAAAAUUGGAUUUGGUACAGGUGUGUGUGUUUAUGAGUACCAAAGAUCACCAUUGGCAGCCAAAAUAAGAUCACCAUGGGCUAUAAAAAAAGUGACCAAACAUAAACAAGGAAGUAUAUCAUUAAAUGAGCGCCUCAAAUGGGAAGCUGAAAUUUUAAGAAAGUUGAAACAUCCAAAUAUUGUUGGCUUUCGGGCUCACUUAAGAUCAAAAAAAGGGGAUAUUUUGGCAAUGGAAGAAUUGUCGACAUCUCUAGGGAAUUUAAUAGAAGAAAAAAGAGACGGUGGAGAUCUAACUCCGUAUUCUAAAGACAUUAUUAUAAAAGUUAGUCUUGACAUUAGUAGUGCACUCAAUUAUUUACAUAAUAAUGCUUUAAUUUUACACUGUGAUAUAAAGUCUUUCAAUAUUCUUGUGAAAGAUUAUUUUGAAAUAUGUAAACUGUGUGACUUUGGUGUAUGUUUACCAUUAAAGAAGGAUGGAACAGUGGAUGAUAUCAAGGCAGGAGAUGAAUAUGAGUAUAUUGGUACUCCGAUGUGGAUGGCUCCCGAACUUAAUAAAUAUCCACAGGAAAUAAGCGUUAAAGCAGAUAUUUAUUCAUUUGGACUUGUAUUACAGGAGAUGUUAACUUUAACUGUACCAAUAAGAGAAGAUAUGAUUAGUUUAAUGGACAAUGAAGAUGGAGAAUCUUGUAAUUUUGAAACUGGAGAUGAUUCAUUAGAAUAUCCCAACAUUGAUACUGAAAUAUAUGGAGAUAUAAUAGAUUUGAUAGAUAUAUGCACUUCUGAUGAUCCAAACGAAAGACCAAAUUCAGAAAAAUUGGAAAUUAUGUUAAAGCAAUUGACAGUUCAAAAAAAUAUUUAAUUGUAUUUUGUUACUGUAUUAUAAAAAAAAUUAAUUUAAGAAUGGAAUUUUUAUAAUUUUUCAUAGUAAAGUCAAUGUUAUAUGUGAAAAAUAAAUUAUUAUUUUAGAUAGAAU